ACCAUUUCUGCAUGCCAUUCACAGCCACUACCACCACCAACAAAAAUGGCUAUCACACAGUCCCCAAAGAAGCAAUCAACAACUGAAGGAGUUGAAGACGAUCAAGAUCUGAGCAAUGAGUGCAAGGACUUGCUUCUCUCUCUCCCCAAAGAAAAGGGGUGGAGAACAAGACAUAUCUAUCUCUUCCAAGGGUUUUGGUGCCAACCCAAGGAAAUCCAAUCCAUAUUAUCAUUCCAAAGACAUUUCCAAGCACUAGACAGUGACAUAGUCCUCUCCACCAUCCCAAAAUCAGGCACCACGUGGUUGAAAGCACUCGCGUUUGCCAUUGCAAACCGUGAGAAAUACCCAAUCUCGAAGAAGAAGAGCCAUCCUUUGCUCACUUCAAAUCCACAUGAUCUUGUGCCUUUCUUUGAGUAUAAGGUCUAUGCAAGUAAUGACCUCCCUGAUCUCUCAAAAUUCCCUGAACCUAGAAUCUUCGGUACCCACAUCCCGUUUUCGGCAUUGGCUGACCCCAUAAAAAACUCCAAAUGCAAGAUUGUUUACAUUUGCAGGAACCCAUUUGACACUUUUGUUUCUUCCUGGAUCUACCUCAACAAAGUGAAGCCGGACUCACUGCCCACGUUCCAGCUGGAAGAAGCCUUCGAGAUGUACUGCAACGGCGCCAUGGGCUUCGGCCCGUUCUGGGACCACAUGUUGGGGUACUGGAAUGAGAGUUUAAAGAGGCCCGACAAGGUCAUGUUCUUGAAGUAUGAAGAGAUGAAGGAAGACAUCGUGUCCCACUUGAAAAAGUUGGCCGUCUUUCUUGGGUACCCGUUUCCCGUCCAGGAAGAGAAGGAUGGUGUGGUUGAAGAUUUAGCUGAGCUGUGCAGCUUUGAGAAGAUGAAGGAGCUUGAAGUGAACAAAUCUGGGAAAUCGAUCAUGAACUUUGAGAACAAGAACUUGUUCAGGAAGGCUGAGAUUGGAGACUGGGUCAAUUACUUGUCCCCACCAAUGGAGGAGCAGUUGUCAAAGGUUUUGGAGGAGAAGCUGGGAGGUUCUGGCUUAACUUUCAAGGCGGCAAAAAGGCCAUGAAUCAAACCGGUAAUCUCACAGAUCAUUUUGUGCUUGUAUUUUCUUUGUAUUUCGUCAAGGUUGAUUGCCUUUUGCCAUGGCAAGAGAAGAAGAUAUAUCAAGGUGAUGCAGACAUCCAGCCAACGGCACUGCAAGCGUGAAUUUCAUCUGCUAGGUUUCCUAGUUUCUUUUCCUCGGCUAUGUACUGGGUUUACCCGUUGUGUCUUCCAGGUGUUAAUGUCAAGGGUAUCAGAUUAUGAUAAUUUGAUUAUUGGGUA